CUGUCAUCGAAUUUUGAGGUUAUGUUAACAUGUUUUUUUUAUCUAAAAUCGUCAACAAUUAUUAAAGCAACAAAUUUAGGACCACAAUGCCCCUCCAGAAGCCCCAAAUUUGCACAACUUGUCCCUACUUCACAACAUCAGUUUUUCUAACCGUGAGACAUUCCCGAAGCCCCCACUCGUCGCACUUUGACUGUGAAAAUGCCAGCAUUGAGUCGUACACCUGCAAAGACUGCAAUUUUUCCACAGGACUUAGAAUUCACUUAAAUGAACACACCUCCGAUCAGCAACACUACGAAAUGCAAAAGUACACCUGUGACAAGUGCGGUUUUGAAACGUACUUCUCGAUGAAGUGGCUCCAACACAGCGUAAGGUGUUCGAGACACGGAAAGAACCCCGCGAAAAAGAAACUCCCUCAGUGGUACAAUUGUGACCAGUGCCAGCGAAAGUAUAAAGAAAAGUACUGUUUGAAAGUCCACAAAAUCGCGAAACAUUUACACGACAACGAGAUACUUUGGCACCGGUGUGGUCAAUGUCAAUACAAAGCCAAAUUAAAAUCGAAUUUAAAAAAACACACAAAGGCACACCACUCGGAUCAAAAUUUCAAGUGGUAUGAAUGCGACAAGUGUCCUUACAAAUCUAGACAAAAAGGCAACUUAAACAGUCAUAUAAAUGUGCACCAUUUGGAAGGUCGUGAUAUAAAGUGGUACGAAUGUGACAAGUGUCCAUACAAAACUAAACACAAGUCGUCUUUGAAUUCGCACGUAAAUACCAACCACAUGGACGGACAGGACGUUAAAUGGUACGAAUGCCAGAAGUGUCCCUAUCGAACUAAAAAAAUUUCGCAUUUAAAACCCCACAUCGUAGCGCGGCACCUAAACGCGCAGGAAAUUAAAUGGCACGAAUGCAAACAGUGCCCAUUCAAAGCUAAAACCAAUUCCAAUUUAAAGCAACACAUAACCACGCAACAUCUAGACAAACACAACAUUAAAUGGUACGAAUGCGACAAAUGUAUAUACAAAACCAAAGACAAGUCAGUGCUAAAUCAACACAUGAGUACGCACGACCUCGACGUACAAGAUAUUAAAUGGUAUGAAUGCGAACAUUGUCCAUAUACAGCCAAACGCAGCUCUCAAAUCAAACAACACAUAAAUAUACACCACUUGGACGCGAAAGACAUUAAGUGGUUUGAAUGCGACAAGUGUCCGUAUAAAGCUAGAGAUAAGUCGGCUUUAAAGCAACACGUCAAUGCGCACCAUUCGGACAUGUGGUUUGAGUGCAAAGAGUGUCCGUAUAAAGCUAAAACUAAGAGCCAGUUGAGGAGACACACGAUCGCGCGCCAUUUGGACGAAGGAGAGAUUAAGUGGUUUCAGUGCGACAAGUGUCCAUAUAAAGCUAAAGAGAAGUCCCAUUUGAAAAGACACGUGAAUGCGCGGCAUUUGGACACACAUUAAAUAAAACUGUGUCAAAAUUGUGUGCACGAG